UUUUUCAGAGCACUAAAUUCUUAUCUCUUUCAAGAGAGGAAAAACAAAAGCAAUAGAGAGAAUAGAGAUGACAUUUGAGAAUUUUGCUCAUUAAAUAUCCAAAUCAAAGUACAAAAACUCCCUCAAUUCCAUCAUUUUUCCUCCCCUCCCCAAAAUCCCAAAAUGAAGAAGAAUAAGAAGGUCGCAAGCACCAUGAUCUCCCUCCUCUUCCUCCUCUCAUCAUUCUCCUUCAUCAUCUUCGCAAUCUUCAUUCUCUUCCUACACAGCGUCGUUUUCGAGGUCCGAGUCAUCAAUGGCUUCCAAAACAACUCGUCGCUGCCGCUGGUCAUAUGGUGCUCCUCCAAACACAGCGACCUGGGCGGUAGGGCGCUGCAGGAGCACGACGACUUCGGCUGGCGCGUCACCACCACGCUCUGGAACGCCGACCACCACCGCUUCUCUUGUACCAUCAAAUGGGACUCCAAGAGAAAGUCCUUCGAUGCGUUUAAGGUUCCAAGAGAUUUCUACCGAUGUCGGGUUUUCAACAAGUGUUCUUGGCUUGUCACGGAACAUGGCUUCUACUUUAGCCCUGAUGAGGUUAAUUGGAAAAAGGAUUUUCAGUGGUGAUUUUUGUAUGUGUAUGUUUGGAAGUUUUGUUUUUUGUUUGUGUUUUGUAAGUUUUGUUUUUCGUUUUUGAUCAUGGGAUGGAAUGAGAUACUAUGAAUAAUAACUGGCGUUGAGUCA